GCCCAAAAGUCGUUGAAUAUGCAAUGACUUAAAAGGUGUGGAUUAGGGGUGGGCGUUCGGUCGAUUCGGUUUGAACCGAACCAAACAAGGACAUACGAAUUUCCGAUGUAACCAGCACUCCGACCGAAUUCAAACUGAGCUAUAAUUCGGUUCGGUUCGAUCGAACCGAAUUAUAGCUCGGUUCGGUUCGAUUUAAAUGUCCAGAACCGAAAUGCACAGUUGCUGCCCGUUUUUGCCUGCUGCCUUCUGGUCUGUUUUGCUGGAACUGGAAAUUUGGCAUGGGGCUGGCUGCUCACUGCUGCCAUUUUUUAUACUUUUCAAGGAGACGAGUGAGUGGUGCUGUCGGUGGGAGCUGGGUGGCUGUCGGGUGUCGGCGGGAGCAGGGAGAGGCCGUCAGGAGGCGGCGGCCGACGAGUGGCUUGGCGGACUGGCGAUGGGAGAGAUGGACGGAGGUAGAGUCGCAGAGAGUCGAGAGUCGAGAUUGGAACAGGGGGCGUCGGGACACGGGGUCGGGUCGGGGCGUUGCGUUGGGCUCGGGCCUCGGGGGAUGACGAGAUGGCGACGGACCACGCCGACGGGGACACAGCAGAGCAUAUUUGGGUUUCCGGUUUUGCCUCUCUGCUGGCGGGCGGGCGGCGGCGGCUGCUGGCUGCGAGGGUUUCGACUUCAGCAUUCAGCAUCAGCAGCAAGCCUUAGUUUCUCGGAUAGGAGAAGGAGAAUGGGCUGACUGCUGGCAGGUUUAGGCUUUAGUUUGGUCAAGUAGGGAGUGGGCUGACUGCUUUAGUUGGGUCAAGUAGGGAGUGGGCUGACUGCUGAGGUUUUGGGCCAUUAUUAAUUCGGAAAUUCGGUCGGUAUUUCGGUUUAUCGGUUCGGUCAAAAAGCACCUAUCUCCCGAAAUUCAGCCUAUCUCCGUCCGAAUGCGGAACCUAAUUAAAAUUAUUUCGGUUUCGGUCGGUUUGAACUCGAUUCGGUUCGGUUUUACCCCUAGUGUGGAUGGUAUAGUGUAGUAGGUUCAAUAAGGUGUAUGGCCAUGA